CACCCCCCCCGCCCCGGCGUUCCCGCGUCGUCUGUUCCCCGGGUCCCGCCAUGGGCCCCGCCGCUCGCCCCGCGCUGAGGUCGCCGCCGCCGCCGCCUCCUCCGCCGCCGCCGCCGUCGCCACUGCUGCUGCUGCUGCCCCUACUGCCGCUCUGGCUGGGCCUGGCGGGGCCGGGGGCCGCGGCGGACGGCGGCGAGCCCGCGGCCGGGGCGGGGCGGGGCGGGGCCCGCGCCGUGCGGGUGGACGUGAGGCUGCCGCGGCAGGACGCGCUGGUGCUGCAGGGGGUGAGGAUCGGCCCCGAGGCCGACCCGGCGCCCCCGCUGGGCGGCCGCUUGCUGCUGAUGGACAUCGUGGAUGCUGAGCAGGAUGCUCCCGUAGAAGGCUGGAUUGCGGUGGCAUACGUGGGCAAAGAGCAGGAGGCCCAGAUUCACCAGAAGAGUCAGGGCGCUGGCCCACAGGCCUAUCCCAAGGCUCUGGUUCAGCAGAUGCGGAGGGCGCUCUUCCUGGGAGCCUCAGCCCUGCUGCUCCUCGUUCUGAACCACAACGUGGUCCGAGAGCUGGACAUUUCCCAGCUUCUGCUCAGGCCAGUGAUCGUCCUGCAUUAUUCCUCCAACGUCACCAAGCUGUUGGAGGCACUGCUGCAGAGGACCCAGGCCACGGCUGAGAUCACCAGCGGAGAGUCCCUGUCGGCCAACAUCGAGUGGAAGCUGACCCUGUGGACUACCUGUGGCCUCUCUAAGGAUGGCUACGGAGGGUGGCAGGACUUGGUGUGCCUGGGAGGCAGUCGGGCCCAGGAGCAGAAGCCGCUGCAGCAGCUGUGGAAUGCCAUUCUGCUGGUGGCCAUGCUCCUGUGCACGGGCCUCGUGGUGCAGGCUCAGCGGCAGGCAUCCCGGCAGAGCCGGCGGGAGCCCGGAGGCCAGGUGGAGCUGCUCAAGCGCCGGGUGGUGCAGAGGCUGGCAUCCCUCAAGACCCGGAGGUGCCGGUUGGGCCGGGCGGCACAGAGUUCCCCGGAGCCUGGUGCUGAGACAUGCGCUGUGUGUCUGGACUAUUUCUGCAACAAGCAGUGGCUCCGGGUGCUGCCCUGUAAGCAUGAGUUCCACCGAGACUGCGUGGACCCCUGGCUGAUGCUCCAGCAGACUUGCCCGCUGUGCAAAUUCAACGUCCUGGGGAACCGCUACUCCGAUGAUUAGCUGCCCCGGCGGGGUCUCUGUAUGCGGGGAAGGGGCCCCGCCUGCCUGCGUUCUGGACGCCUGGAACAGGACAGCAGCAGGGGGCAGGACAGAAAGCCCUGGGGUGGGGGAAGGGAUGGGGCCUCCCUGCUCAGGGGCAAGGUGUCCCCCACCCACAUCCACACCAGGAGGGAGGGACCACCGUCCCCAGCCUGAGGGUGCACGGCUCGGACCUGGCAGGAAGAGAGGCAGCUUUGGGGCCCUUGUCUGCCAUCCUGGGGUGUCUCUGUCUGUCUCCUCAAAGGCAGCUCCCAGGACCCCCGCCAGGCAUCUGGGGAAGAGGGUGUGGGCAGUGCCCCUGUUCCCAGAGCUCUGGGAGCUCCCUGGCCUAGCUGGCAGGGCAUCCUUGAGGGCUGAGGCUGCAGUGGCCAGGUUCUGUGCAUAUUUAUUGGGGGGUGGGUCAGGGGAGGCGCCAUCUGGCCUUGGAGGCACCCUAGCCUGACCAUCUUGUGGACACACCUUGGUCAAGGCUAUGAUGUUGAACCUAGAGGCCCCCACUGCCUGCUGGCAUUGGGCCUUUGGGCACUUGGGGCCGUGGGUCCCAGGGCCUGUCCAGCUGGGCUCCCAUCUGGGGCCUGGCUGGGACCAGAGGCCUUAGAAACCAUCUAGCCCUGUGCUGCUCUGUGGGGCUACAGGUUGCUGACCAGGAUACUUGAAGCCACAGAGUAAAUGUGGUACAUUUUCCAGGGUCAUCCAUUUUUAUUAAAAAAAUAAUUGGGGCUCAAAGAGGUUUAGUAUUAAAAUAAACAUGGAUAUAUUUUAAUAUAAGA